AUGUCGGUUUCACUUCAAGAAGAAAGAUCACCAUUUUUAUUAAUUCUAUUACCAAACUGGAUUUUUGGAAUCGGUAUAAUUGAACAUCCGAUCGGGACGCAAUGGCCACGGCUAAGUUAUGUAUACUCUACAAUAAGUUUAGGUCUAUACUGGAUAGUAAUAUGGUUUGCAUAUCCUUAUCGUUUAUUCAAAUGCGUUACAAAAAUAUUGGACACAACUGUUUUAAUGAACAAGGUCGGAAUACAGGCAGAAGAUUAUAAAAUAAUCAGAAAACACCUUAAAAAAUACAUUGCUUAUUUCCUAUACCGUCCUCUUAUCAUUAUGGUGAAUGUUUGUGUUAUUUACAUUAAUUCAACAAUAAUAAGACCGCCCAUACUAUUUGCUGCUUGGCUUCUAAAAAAUAAAUUCAACAAACUCAACCAAUUAAUAAGAAGUUUAAGAAUAUGUGAGACUGAAAUACCUCAACAUAAAAGAACUCUUCAAGAAUCGAUUCACAAAGAAAAACAUCCUAAAUUACAUCUCUUAAAAAGUAUUAGAAAAGAUCACUCUCACCUAUUAAAACUGGCAAAACAAAUUCAUGGCCAGUUGGUUAAUUUAAGCAAACUGACGAACAAUAUUUAUGAAUUUCAUCUUCUUUCAUCUAUCCUUUAUCAUAUGCUACUCUUGCUGUUCAACUUAUAUACUGUUUACGAUAACGUAACAUUCUACAAUUUCGAUAACACUAAGUUAAGAAUCACAGUCGCGAAUUGCAACUUGAUCAUCGAAAGUGUGACCAAGAUUUUUUUAGUCAGUUGGAUGUGUAAUGGGAUUUCUAAAGAAUCCAUGGCUACUGGUGACUUUAUUUCUGAAUUGUAUGAUGAACCUUUUAUUAGCGAUAACACUAAAACUGAGAUACGCAAUUUCAAUAAUGAAUUGAUUCAAAAUAAAUUAAUUUUGACAAUAUAUGGCUGCUUCAAUCUUGAUUUCAGAUUAAUUCAAGAUGUGAUUAGUACAGUUGGAGUUUACCUUAUUAUCACAGUUCAAUUUGAUAGUAUUAAUUUCAUUCCAAUUGGUUUUAAUGAUUCAAAUUACGUAAAGAAUCAUUAA